AUGAACGAUGUGGACGUCCCAAUGGAGGACGAGAUCAUCGCUUCCACGGAGUGCAACGGUGGCCCUACAGACUAUACGUCAGAGUUUGUGAUUCCAAUCGAUGUUUUCCCAACCCCUAACAUGGCGCAUCUGCCAAAGAACGCGCAAUUGCCACCCUACGGUCCGUCCAAGAGCGUGUCGUCGAUGCGUCCAACAUCCCGCGAUGACCGCUCAGACAAAAUGGACCUUGUAAGAACCACUCCGCAUCGACGUGCAAGCCCACAAGUACGGAUACCGCCCAAACCUAGAUCACAGGCUCUGCCAUACGCAACUUUAAAGACAGGCUUGGUUUACGAUCCUCGUAUGCGGUUUCAUGCCGAGCUUCCUAGCGACACCUCGGUGGACGAAAUACACCCUGAAGAUCCACGGCGCAUCCACUCUAUCUUCGAGGAGAUUCGGGAAGCUGGGCUCGUGCGUGGGCCAGAAAGUUCAGACAGCGACGAAAAUGACGAGUAUUGUUGGAGAAUUGGUAUUCGAUACGCCGAGGAACACGAAAUUCUGACGAUUCAUACAAAAGCCCAUUAUGACUUUGUAUAUUCAUUACAGAGCAUGCCUGAAGAGGAGAUGCAUGAAUGGAUGGAUAAAUUGGACUCGAUCUAUUUCAACCACUCUACUUAUGAUUGUGCCAGACUAGCAGCAGGCGGCGCAAUUGAGGCGUGCAAAGCUGUCGUGCAGGGAUCUGUGCGCAACGCGAUCGCUAUCAUCAGACCCCCAGGGCAUCACGCCGAGAGUUCCCAACCUUCUGGAUUCUGCAUCUUCAACAACGUUCCUAUUGCAACACGUGUGUGUCAAGAUGCAUAUCCGCAGACCUGCAGAAAGGUACUGAUUCUGGACUGGGACGUCCAUCACGGCAAUGGCAUCCAGCACGCGUUCUACGACGACCCAAAUGUGCUCUACAUAUCUUUGCACGUUUUCCGCAACGGUCACUUCUAUCCCAACCUACCUGACGGCAACCUUGACUUUUGUGGAGAGGGUGAUGGAAUUGGAAAGAACGUCAACAUCCCGUGGGAUGAUCAUGCUAUGGGCGAUGCUGAGUAUCUCUAUGCCUUUCAAGAAGUUGUCAUGCCCAUAGCCAGCGAGUUUGAUCCGGACUUGGUAAUCAUCUCGGCUGGCUUUGAUGCUGCUGAAGGGGACGUGCUCGGCGGCUGCUUUGUCACUCCGGCUUGCUAUGGUCACAUGACACACAUGCUGUCGCGCUUGGCGAAGGGUAAGCUUGUGGUGUGUCUUGAAGGAGGCUACAACUUGCGCUCAAUCGCUCGUUCUGCACUUGCGGUGACCAGGGUAUUGAUGCAAGAGCCCCCGGACCGACUAAGUGAAGACUUGCCCGCGCCAAAAGAUAGUGCUGUCCGUACCAUCGAACAGGUCAAGCAUCAGCACUCGAAGUAUUGGAAAUGCCUGUAUCCCAAAAAACUUGAAAGGACUGAUCCGGGAUUUGCCGCUACAGACGCGUUGCAUAAUGUUAUAAGAGAAUGGCAAAGCCAACGUCUGGCCAGAGAGCACUGCAUGACACCUCUGCCUUUGCAGAUCAACCACCCUGACCUUGCACCGACGUUCGAGCACAAUGUGAUUGCAACGCCUGACUUUAUGGAACGCAGGCCGCUUCUGGUGAUCUUCCACGAUCCGCCCAGCUUUCGAGAUCACCCGGACCCAGUCACAGGACGAAGAGAACUGCACAACACAUGGCUUACUGAUGUAAGCAAGAGCUAUAUCGACUGGGCCAUAACAAAUGGUUUCUCCGUCAUCGACGUGAACGUUCCCCAUAUCGUCACCGUAGAGCAGCAAGAAGGGUCAAGCUUAGGCUUCGCCAGCGCAGAUGAUGCCAAAGCUCGGUCUGACAAAACCCGCGAAAUGGCCAACUACCUUUGGACAAACUACAUUCACCCCAGCGACGCAACUCAAGUCUUCUUCAUGGGGAUAGGCGAUGCUUAUCAGGGCCUGGUUGACUUGUUGGGCCGCAAUGAAACUACCACAGAUGAGGAUAGUAGGAUAGAGAUUCUCAUAGGAUUUGUGGCUGAAUCGUCCAUACAGUCCGUCAAGCGUCCUACAGAUGAUGACAUAGGAGCCUGGUAUUACUACCACACCAAGAUCUUCGUGAAGCAGAGCCACUACGCCUUCAGUCGAAACUCGAAAAAGAAACUACGCAAGAAGCUGGGGAAUCUCCAGCAGUCGGACUGGGACACACUGGACGAGAUGCUGAUGGGCCACCGGGAUGAAGUGCAGGAGCUGCUGCUAGAGAAGAAGAGCGAGUUUGCGGAGGAAACUGAAACCUCUACUCCUACUGACGACGACCAACAGGCGGCACAAAACGGUGGGUUUCGAAGCCCUCCUCUAGGCCUCGACACGCAAGCCAUAGAAGCGCGGCACGCUAAUGGGCUACGAGGUCUACCGCCUCUUGGUGUCUUCUCAAGUCCAAAGCCCAGUGGAAGUCCAGGGAGUCGAACGAGGAGGCCGUAUUGA